CAACAAAAUCAUUUUGCAUGGGGAUUUUUUUUCCCGAGAAAUGCCAAGAGAAUAGUUAGAAAUUACACUACCCACAAUCCCUUCCUAUCCCGCUAGCCACUCAACAAAAUCAAAAGAAACUAAUUCUAACCGGGACAACAACAGGGCUUUGCGUGCCACUCUAUGAGCAGCCCAGUUGGAUGUCCGCGGAACAGCUCUACAGUCUAUACAAUGAGGAAAAAACUGAAGAAGAAAACGGCAAUCUCUAAGCAGCGGACCACCAGACGAAUCCUCCACCACACCGAGCUUGAGCUGCUGGAUGACCACUUCAGCAUCUCCUUCAAAGAUGACACGAGCCAAACUUCUAGAAAUUGCAAGCGAGAUUGCCUCCCUAGCUGCAAGGAGUUCUGCUAUGUACGGGUCAGUAAUACCCUGAUGCUGAACACCGACGACGAGUUGCACGUGCCAGUCCGAACCACGAACCACAAGGCCAGACGAGCAACCAGAGUCUUGAACGGUAGCAUCAAAGUUGAUCUUCAAAUGGUCCGGGGGCGGGUGUCAGAACAGAAGCGUGGCAAUCGAUAAUCCAAACCAACACGAACGAACACAAAUUUAACGUGGUUCACUAACACAAUGUGUGCUAGCUAAUCCACGGGCAAGGGAGAACAAAUUUCACUAAUUUGAGGAGAGUACAGAUUACAAACCAAAUUCUAAACAGACAAACCAAACAAACUAACUUGACUGACCUUACAACAGAUUAUGGUGGUGAAGAGUAUUUAUAGAACUCUUCUCCUAAUCCCAAAGAGAAAACCAAACACCUUUUCCUAAACAUACAAGGAAAAGGUCAAACAAAGCCCAAACACAAACCCAAACAAAAUAGGCUCAAAACACAAAACAAACCCAAAUCAAAUUCAAGUCAUAUUCUAACAAUCUCCACCUUGACUUGAAUUCUCUGUCAAAUACCAGAUGUAUCAGACGCAACCAAAAUUGCCAGAUGUACCAAACGCAACCAAAGUUGUCAGAUGUACCCAGACGCGAUACAUAUCGCCAGACGUAUCCAAAUGCGAUCGAAACCGCCAAACUCAAACGCGAUGCAAAAUCGCCAAACUCAGAUGAAAUCAAGAUUGCCUAACAUACCAAACUCCUCCAAAUCUCCAAAUGUAUGAGAACCUCCCCUGCCUCCAAAUGCCCCUAAGGGCGAUCAACAAAUCAAAACAUGCAGCAAGUCCAACUCAUGUUGGGACUUGCCAUGCAGAACCAGUUUGGUGUUAUUUCCGUCCAUAACACCAACAUCAGAUUUACUUCCAACUCCAAACCUGCAACUCCAAACCGUCUUCUCAAUCUUUAAAUCCUGAGCAAACAUCCUUGGUGAUCGAAAACCCUGAUCACCACCAAGGCCAACAAACAGAAUUCUCCCAAAAAAAUCGAGACCAAAACACAACUACCCAAAGUCAACUUCAAAGCGAUUCCUCCACCGAACCAAGCUGAAGAAUUGAAAGCUACCUCCACAAAGCAAAACUUCAGUCCAGCGCCAAAUUCCCAAAACCGCAACCAGGCUCUGAUACCACUUGUCAGAACAGAAGCGUGGCAAUCGAUAAUUCAAACCAACACGAACGAACACAAAUUUAACGUGGUUCACUAACACAAUGUGUGCUAGCUAAUCCACGGGCAAGGGAGAACAAAUUUCACUAAUUUGAGGAGAGUACAGAUUACAAACCAAAUUCCAAACGGACAAAACAAACAAACUAACUUAACUGACCUUACAACAGAUUAUGGUGGUGAAGAGUAUUUAUAGAACUCUUCUCCUAAUCCCAAAGAGAAAACCAAACACCUUUUCCUAAACAUACAAGGAAAAUGUCAAACAAAGCCCAAACACAAACCCAAACAAAAUAGGCUCAAAACACAAAACAAACCCAAAUCAAAUUCAAGUCAUAUUCUAACAGCGGGGUAGCCAACAAAGGGAAACAAUCGCAGGCACGCGGGGAGGGGAAGACGGGCCAGGAGUCGGGACUUGAAACUAUGUGUCUUUUUUCUAUCAAGAAUAUAAAUAUUUAAUACGUAU